UGGCCCAGAAUAUCACAGUGGCCCAGAAUACCACGGUGGCCCAGACUACCAUGGUUCCUGAAAAUGCGGCUAAGCACCAUCCAAUCCUUGUUUGCAUCAACGCUGUGGUUCUGGUGAGCGGCACCGUCAGCCUGAGCCUGAUGAUGCACAUCCUGAAGUCCAGCUCCACAUCCAUCACCUCCAUCGCUGUCCUCAACCUCAUCUUCAGCCACUUCAUCUUCCUCAUCACUGUGCCCUUCAGGAUUUACUAUUACGUGACCAAUAGCUGGAGCCUGAGCGCCGGCUGGUGUAGAAUGGUCAGCAGCAUGAUCCACGUCCACAUGUACAUGUCUUUCCUCUUCUACGCGGUCAUCCUCAUCACGCGCCUCGUGGCGUUCUACCGCAAGGCCGAGCAGGUAGCCUCUUUCCGCAGUAUCCACGCGCUCCUGUUCAGCGCGGGGGUGUGGCUGACAGUGCUCAUCGUAGUCCCAGCAACCGUCUGUCAUUUCUACGGUCAAAAACUUGGCAUCGAAGGAAAUGACGCCAAAUGUUUUCAUUUCGGGAAACAUAUACAGGAAGUGGCUGGUGUCAAGGUGAUGAAUUACAUCGUGAGCACGCUGAUCAUAGUGGUGGCUGCCGUGCUGACGGCCUUCCAAGCAAACGCCCUGAGGGUUUUGUACGGGAAGCACCGCCAGGGAUGCACCUAUCAGCAGGACUUCGGGGCUCAGCUGAAGAGCCUGUGCUUCGCCCUCAUCAUGGUGGUGUGCUUCAUUCCUUACCACAUGUUUCGACUCUAUUACUUGAACGACUCUAAGCUGCAGGACGUCAACGAGGUGUUUCUGAGUCUGACCACUUUCAACUGUUUGGACAUGCUCACUUUCCUGGGAAAGAGACCCUGCUAUAGAUGUGCUCCUUGAAAAUGGCCGUUUGAGUGUUGUGAUGGGAAUUUUGUAUUUAGACAUGUUUAGAUGUAACAGAUUACAUUUAUAUAGAAAGAAGUUUACUGAAAGAUGUAUUUCCGUGAUUCAGAGCUCAUAGUCUUUAGACGUGGCCUUCUCAGUCUAGUGUGAACAAAAGGUUUCUCAACAGGGGCCAAUUAAGUCUUCUGCAGCAGGAAGCUUCAAAGGUUAUUAGGUGUGACCUGCAGAGACAGGAGAUCUCUGAGAGAGAUCUCCCAGACCAGGGGUGACCCAAAGGGUCUGGAACAAGAUGCGUUUAGCAUCUUGUUCAAACUUCAAAGAGACCGCCAGAGACCAAUGUCUGAACAUCCUGUCAGGACAUCCAGAGAAGCUGAUAGGUCUGCUGUAUUCUGAUGUGUGAGGAGGAGUCUAACCAGUAUAAAUGUAUGCAUUUCCCAUUGUUCAUUGCAUUUGCUUGAAUCUGUCUGUGAUGAUAGCAGUGCCCCCAGCCGCAGCUGGGUUAAAGAAUUAAACUUCCAGAUUGAGACUUAUUUGCUUGUCCUUGUAUGAAAAUAUUCCAUUACAGUGUAAAUGGGCUUUCGUUGACCUUAUUUUUUGUAACUUGAAUUUACUUUACGCUUGAGAGCUGAAUCCAGCACUUUAGGUAGUUCUCAUCACGAUGUGUUUUUCUUCUGUAAAGUUGGUUUUAAUUAGUUAUCUGCUGCUAUAAAAGUGGAGUGACACGUCAUGAUUGACAAAUUAACGACUUACAGUUGGUUUAUAAAGCAGCUUCAUCCCCCUAUCGCCACAAUGCGCAGACUCUGGCUCUGAAUGAUGUCAUCGCUGCAAAAUAGCAGCGUUCAUCGCGAUAUUUUGGCUUCAUUUCAAAAUAUGAAAGGAAGGAAGUGACAUAGUCCAUCUUUAAAUACAGGCUAUUCUCUGUGCAGAGCCAAUGAAUCCUCUAAUGUGCUAUUUAAUAAAAAACGAUUGUGUGACUGGAGAUAGUGCUGCUGCACUUUUUGCUUUUAAACGGCUUUUUGUUGUA